GGGAGUGAGCAAGAGAGUGUUUACUUCCGGCCGCCGCCGCCGUGGGCUGAGGGCCGAGCAAGUCGGGCGGCGGGCGCGGCGGGCCCCGCGCAGCCAUGGACUGGCUCAUGGGGGCAGCCGCGCUCUUGCCAGGAGUAGAAAUUCACGUUCCUCAGUCCCGGGCCUGCCCUCCUGGAGGUGUGAGCGCCCCGGAGCCCGCGGUGGCGGGGUCAUAUGUGGACCUUGUCUCGGCUCUGCCUCCGCCUCCUGCACCGUGAGAUGGGGCAUCGGGUCAGAUGAAGCUGUUUGCCAUCGCUCAGAGAAAAGGGGUUGGAGAAAGUGGUGACAGAGCCCGAAACCACCUCCAGCCUGGAAAGAAGGCUCUCCGGCACGGUCGUCCUCUUCUCUCUCGUGCGAUGAGUGACUGGCUCUUUGCAGCAGGACGCUCGAAGGGAAAGCACUGCAGCUCCAAACGCACAGGUGGCGGGUUUCAGGAAGUCCAAAGCCAAGCCCAACGGGAAGAAGCCCGCCACCGAGGAGAAGAAGGUGUACCUGGAGCCAGAGUACGCCAAGUCCAGAAUCACGGACUUCGGGUUCAAGGAGCUGGUGGUGCUGCCCCGGGAGAUAGACCUCAACGAGUGGCUGGCCAGCAACACCACGACGUUCUUUCACCACGUGAACCUGCAGUACAGCACCAUCUCGGAGUUCUGCACGGGGGAGGCGUGCCAGACCAUGGCCGUGUGCAACACUACUACUGGUACGACGAGCGGGGCAAGAAAGUGAAGUGCACGGCCCCCCAGUACGUGGACUUCGUCAUGAGCUCCGUGCAGAAGCUGGUGACCGACGAGGACGUGUUCCCCACGAAAUACGGCCGCGAGUUCCCCAGCUCCUUCGAGGCCCUGGUGAAGAAGAUCUGCAAGUACCUGUUCCACGUGCUGGCGCAUAUCUACUCGGCGCACUUCAAGGAGACGCUGGCGCUCGAGCUGCACGGACACUUGAACACGCUCUACGCGCACUUCAUCCUCUUCGCCCGCGAGUUCAACCUGCUCGACCCCAAAGAGACGGCGGUUAUGGACGACCUGACGGAGGCGCUGUGCGGCGGGGGCGGCGGGGACGGGCCGGGCGGGGCAGCGGGCGCACAGAACCACGUCAAGGAGAGGUGAGCCCGGCGGCGCCCGCGCGCGUCGGUGUCUGUGGGCGCCCGGACUCUGGCGUCGGCCCCGAGAACCUUGGACUCCGCUCGUCCGUGGCAGACACCUCCGGGGCCGCCCGUCUGCGUCUCCCUCUUGGGGUCUGCCCCUCCGGGUCUUCCGCGCCCGCCCCGCCCCCGGCUCGGCCUUGGCCUCCGGGGAGACACGCAGCGGGGCGGGGGCCCUUCCCCGCGGCGGGGCCCGCAGGCUUCGCUUCUGCCGCCCUUUGUCUUGGCUCGGGCUGGAGUGGCUUUUAGAGACCCCGGCCCGGCUUUCUCCUCCCUCCGCCCGAUCUGGACUCUGGCUCAGGGCCGGCUGGAGGGGCGCGGAGGCCGCGUGCCUGGAGCCCCGCGAGCUGCAAUGUCUCCCUCCGCUGCCCUGACUGCCCAGGAGGGGAACAGGGCUGGCCAGGCUCCGGGCUGCAGUGCCCCGGGGGCCGGCCUGUGCGGAGCCGCGGCCGGGGGCAGGAGAGCCUGGUUUCCCCGUGCGGGUGUAAUAAAGAGACUUCUCUCAGGUCA